UAUUUAUUUGGUAAAAUAUCGGAAAUUUGGCACAUAGCCUCAACGACACUUUCCAAACCUUCGAUCAAAAAAAAAAAAAAAACACUUUCCAAAUCGACCGGGGCUAAUUCCGGCCACCAAGGACAGUCUCGUCUUGUAUUGAAUUCUCAGCGAAGGAGGAGAAGAUCCGGAGACCACAUUCAACCAUGAGAUUCCAUAUUUUAUCUGCAAUUUUUCCUUUGUUGUUGAUCUCAGUUCUUGUUCUAAACACAGCAUCUCUCUGCAGAGCUGAAGUUAUAACCCUAACUGCGGACACCUUCUCCGACAAGGUUAAGGAAAAAGAUACUGCAUGGUUUGUGAAAUUCUGCGUUCCUUGGUGCAAACAUUGCAAGAAUUUAGGAUCAUUAUGGGAGGACUUGGGGAAGGCAAUGGAAGGUGAGGAUGAAAUUGAGGUUGGAGAAGUUGAUUGCAGUUUGAACAAACCUGUCUGUUCCAAAGUUGACAUUCAUUCAUAUCCCACAUUUAAGCUUUUCUAUGAAGGGGAAGAAGUUGCAAAGUAUUCAGGGCCAAGAGACGUUGAAUCUCUCAAAAGCUUUGUCCUUGAAGAAGCUGAAAAGGCAGAAGAAAAGGUGCAGCAGGACAGUGACAAUGAAUUGUGAUUAUAGGUAGGCCAAACUUUAAACUUAUCCAGAGGAGUUCUUUAUUCAUUCCCUGAGAUUCCAUCCACAUUGUGUACCAGUAUUUGAUGAACAUAUUGAAUUUUGACAACCAAAUAGACAGUUUUUGAGUAGUGUUGGACUGCAAACAUUUGAAAAAGCUCUUGGCAUCCAGUAACAAUGUAUCUAGUUGUUCGUGAAUCAGAUCAUUGAUCAUCAUGGUUAUUUUCAUACCGAUUAGGAUGCUUAAAUUUAGGUAGAUUUGGGCCGUGAUCUUGGUUGUAUUUGUUUUCUCCCCCUUGUGUGACUUUUUUCUCCACAUUUUUCGACGGUUUACCCGUUGGUUGGGAUAUGUCAUGUGAAGAGAGGUAGCAAAGAUGGGAAUUAGAGAAUUUUGUAUUGAUAGAUUCAUAAUAUAUUACACCAUACAUUAUAUGCAAA